CGCCGCCCCUAUAUUUCGUGUAGCCGUGUCUGUGUACAUAUGCCCUAGUAGUACUAGACGCUAUUAUAAAAGCAGAAGGCAGCGGCUUUUUCUAAUCUGUUUGUUUGGUGGUUUUGCUCUUCCCUUCUCUUCCCUUUCCUUUGAUGUUUUGAGUUGUACCGUACGUUGAAAAGGCAUGGGUUUUCGUGGCGUUCGCGGCGCUGGCGGCGUUGGCGGAGUGUACAAGAGGUUAUAAGGAAAAAGGAGGGAAAGAAAAUCCAUUUUGCCAAUCUUACCUACAAGAUCUUGAAAAAGACUGUGCUAAAUUUAAGCCCUCCUGGAGUGAUUGGUGGACAAAUGAAUUGGAGAAAGGUUAUUGUUUUGCACUCAAAUGAACAUAUGAUAUGUGUGUCAGGAAACAUACUGAAGACAAAGACAAGGCCUUUUUACUGCGAUGAUCUUAUGAAAGAGUUGAAGGAGUUUUGUGCUUAAUGAUUACAUCUAUUGGGAUCAAUCGCGUGCAUUGCCUCUUUGUCUUCUAUGGUCUGUUGAAAUUCCUACGGAAAAGGCUUGAGCGGCAUUUUUCUCUCGAUAAAGUUUUGCAGUUGCUAGAUCGUUUCUACAACUUAGAAUUGCCGUUUCAGGUUAAAAUGGAAACGAUAUUAAAUCCAGCAGAACUGCAGCAAUUUGAGAAUCAUUCAUCUCAGAUGGGGCUUUGGACUUUAUGCUUUCUAAUACGAUGGCCUGAUAAGAUCACUGCCAGAAGUGCAUCAAAAUCUUACAUGAAAAUGGUGGAUAACUCCUACUUGAUAGCUCUGAUGAGGUUACAAAGCUCAUGGAGAAGGUUGAAGCUACAUUCAUUAAGCACUUUUCAAAUGCAAACCGUGCCAAGGGAAUGAACAUGUUAAGACCAAAAGCCAAAAAAGAAAGGCAUAGGAUUACUUUUUCAACUGCCCUUGUUAUGAUCAUACGUGCCCUUAAAAUUAUGGACAGGCAGGGGAGGACCAAAUACAUGGGAACCAUGUUUCCACUUUACAGUUUGUUCGAUUGAUUGUUCUACACAUGGUUAUGUAUGGUAUGAAUGUAUUCUACUGGAGGAAGUACCAAGUUAAGUACGCCUGCAUAUUUGGUUUCAAGCGAGGAACUGAAUUGUGCUAGAGAGAAGCUCCGCUGAGUUUUGGUCUUGGACGUUUAGCAUUGGCCAAUGCGCUUUCAAAACCUUCAUAUGGGGAUGGAUCCCAAGACAAAAGACUAUAAAGCAUUCACUGAACUUCUUCCUCUAAACUUGGUUCUGGUAAGAUUAUCUAUUUAAUACUCUAUUUAUUGGUCCCAUUCAUUUUCCAACAACAGUUUUUAACUCUCUUACUUUUUCUAUGUUGCACUUUAUAAUUAAAUCCUAUUCCUAUUCCUACCAUUCAACAUCUUGUAAUGAUCAAGUUGAUUUUUCCUCCUCACAUGUUUGUUUCACUGUAUCUGCGCACAAGGCAAACCAUUCUUGGUACUCAUCCAAACCCUCUUCUUCCUCUUAAUUUGUCAACUAUUUAAUUUAGUCCUCACCACCCACAAGAAUAUUUUGUAUCCACUCAAUACUAGCCCUUUCCCUAACCUCUCAUAGUAGCUCAUUUGACGAGGCUGUCUUACUGCAAAAGCAAACAUAUACUACUCACCUUUCUUUUUGGUCCUCAUUCCUCUUCAAUGGACUCUUUCCCCUCAAACUCCCCGGGUAAAAGAGGUCCAACAGCAUACAUUGGAGGCAAUCGGCACCCCAUUCUUGCAUCUCUAGACAUUGUUUUUAUAGACCUUCAAAUUUGUUAAUCAGCACCCCAUUGAGUUUCGUGAGAUUAGGCUAUCUUCUAAGAAAAUUUUUGCUAAAAGACUGUUUGAAUGCCGUGAUGGAGGAAGUGAUGAUCUUGGUAUUGGUGGAUCAAUGCCGGGAAUAUCAAUCAUAUCACCAAACUGAAAAUAACCAUCAACAGUUUGGACACAACAAUGGAAGAAAAGUGUGCUAGAAGGGUUAACAUUCUGGGUGAUGUUAUGAAGAGAAAGUAGUUAGGGAGACGUAGACUUUGGGUGACUGCAAUGAGAGAGGAAAUCAGGGCCACAUCAGAGAUGACAAAUGAGAGGUGGAGAUAGCGAAGACGGGAUAGGAGAGAUAAGUUGUGGGUCAGUGGAAUCGGCACUUUGAGCAAUCAAGAGGAUUCGGCUCCGAUGAUUUCGAUGAUAUUAAAAAUAAUAAUUAUUAUUAUUAUAAG